CGGGCGCUCGCGCCGCGAGACCCGCUCGUGCCGUGCCAGAGGCUGCCACCGGUUACGAGGCACGGUCGACCGUUCCAGAGCAGCCCCCAGGGUUCCGCCCGGCGCCCCGGAGCCUCGCCUUCCGCCUCUAAGGCGAACCCUUUCCUCGCUUCGGCCGCUUCCCGCCCGCCACCGGCACCAUGCCUGAGGAAGAGGAUGAUGAUGCGAAGAAAAAGAAGGGAAAGAAGGGCUCCAAGGGCAAGAAGGGAAAGAAGGGCUCCAAGGGCAAGAAGGGGAAGAAGGGCUCCAAGGGCAAGAAGGGGAAGAAGGGCUCCAAGGGCAAGAAGGGGAAGAAGUCGCCCAAGAAAGAAUCUGAGGGAGAUGCCUCUGCGAGCGAAGGGGGAGGAGGAUCCGGAGGAUCCUCGGCUGGAUCGUCGCCCAAGGCUUCUCCGGGAGGUGGCACUCCGGCGGCCGCUGCACCGGCCGCUCCAGCCGCCGGAGCUGCUCCGGCCGCUGGCGCCAAGCCCGCUGCCGGGUCGGCCCCUGGCGCUGCCGGCGCUGCCGGCGCUGCCGGCGCCGUGCAGCCCAUGAGGAUGGGCGGCUACUACAGCGAGGCGCAAUCCAUGUACGACGACGGGUACGACGACGACUUCUACGUGGACAUCACCUGCUACCCGCCGCGGAGCCGAGGCGGCGGUGCUCAGCACCAGGGCUACGGCGGGUACGAGGAUCCCUACGGAUACGGUCGCUGGCCCCCGCCGAGGCCCAUGCAGAUGCCCAUGGGCAUGGGCAUGUGGGGAGGCGGCAUGCCCGGCAUGCAGACCCGGGACGUGGGUCAGCAGAUGGGCCCGCAGACAACCACCCUGCCUCCCGGGUCGCCGCCGAUGGCCUUUAAGACUCCGUCGACUACCGUGGUCGUCAACAUGAGCGGCGAGAGGAUCAACCGCAGCGGGUCCCGGCCCAUGUCGCCAGUGAUGGGCAUGGGAGGCAUGGGCAUGGGUGGCAUGGGCAUGGGCAUGCAAGGCAUGGGCAUGCAAGGCAUGGGUGGAAUGGGCAUGCCUGCCGUACCCGGAAACAAGUCGCCCAUCGUCAUGUCGCAGCCGCUGACCGGGACCGGACUGACGCCCCAGAUGCAGCAGCUGCUGCUGCGAGGUAUGCCCGGAUACACGGCUACUGUUGUGCUCAUCCUGGUGCCCAACCCUUGAAAAGCAUAUCCGGAAACCCUCAGCAAUAAAACUUCAAAUUGGCUCC